GGGAUUUCAGGCCAUCUUUUACGUUUGAUCAAGAUCAGCUGGUCAGCAAUGACGUUCCUCCUCGGGAGUAAGCUUCGCCACCCCCUUAAAUGAUUCGAAUAACCGAUACAUGUCGCUUCAGUUCUCCUUCUUGAGUUGGAAGGGCCGCUUUUGUUCUCUCUGUUUCCCUUUCUCUCUCUAUCAGGAUUUGAAGAAAUGUCAGGAGGCAUUGCACGAGGGCGUCUUGCUGAAGAACGCAAAGCAUGGCGUAAAAAUCAUCCUCAUGGUUUCGUGGCCAAACCAGAAACAUUAGCGGAUGGUACUGUCAAUAUUAUGGUGUGGCAUUGUACAAUACCUGGAAAACAAGGGACUGAGUGGGAUGGUGGUCACUACCCCCUCACACUCCACUUCAGUGAGGACUACCCAAGCAAGCCUCCCAAGUGCAGAUUUCCACAAGGUUUCUUCCAUCCAAAUGUUUACCCCUCCGGUACUGUUUGCCUUUCAAUUCUCAACGAGGAUAGUGGUUGGAGACCUGCCAUCACUGUGAAACAAAUUCUUGUGGGGAUACAGGAUUUACUUGAUCAGCCAAAUCCUUCUGAUCCUGCUCAGACUGAUGGAUAUCAUCUUUUUAUUCAGGAUCCUGUGGAAUACAAACAACGGGUUAGGCAGCAAGCAAAGCAGUAUCCUCAGCUGAUCUGAUCUCUCUUUCUUCACCACAAGACCAAUGUGAUAUUUCUCUACCUGCUUUUAAUAUGUCGGCAUUGGCUUUUUAACCAUGGAACUUCUCUGUUUUGAACUACUCUUUCCCCAUUGUGUGGGGCUUGUAAUUAAAGAUAGAUCUUGUUUGAACUUCAUGAAUAUCUUGUUUGAACUUCAUGAAUAACUGGCGCAGUUGAAACAAAAUGUUUUGGUAAGAAAAUAUACUUUUUUACUUUGGUUGUGCAAAACCUGAAAAUUUUAAAGAGCUGUCUGAUUAUUACCUUUUCUGAGUGAA